AUGGCACAAAGGAGCUUUUUGCUACAUCUUGUGGUUCUGGUUUUGCUGGGUCUUACACUGGAGACAGAUUACACCGAUGCCUUCAACCCCAGCCGUCUCCAACAGCACAAAAUCCUCCACCUGGACUGGCCCAAAGAUUGUGGCCUUUCUUACUUCAAACCACACACCACAGAACGCAUUGUAUCAGGCAAUGAGGCCAAUCCUCACUCAUGGCCAUGGCAGGUCUCACUGCAGGUUCGUCCCAGAGGCAGCAAAUAUUACGUCCAUGUGUGCGGUGGAACCCUGAUCCACAAAAACUGGGUGCUCACUGCAGCCCACUGCUUUCAGAAGAGUAAAGCUGAAGAUGCAGGUAACUGGCGUAUUGUUUUGGGGAAGCACCGGCUGAAGAAAUCUGAAGCAGCCGAGCGUAUUUUCCCUGUGAAGAGAAUCUACAGACAUGAGCAUUUUCGUUACCCUCUGCACAGUGAACUGGACUACGACAUAGCUUUGGUUAAAGCAGGCACAGACAUUCUGCCCAGCAACUUUAUCCGCUACGCCUGCCUGCCGCGCAAGCAGACCAACUUAAAACCUGGCCAUUACUGCUGGGUGACCGGUUGGGGGGACACACGAGGUGGGAAAGAUAACGUGUCACUGUCUGAGUCAUUGAACCAAGCCCGUCUGCCUGUCAUCGACCACAAAACAUGCCGGCAGAAGAAGUUUUGGGGAGACCGUGUGAGGGAGUCCAUGAUCUGUGCUGGAUUCAGAGACACAGAGGGACCUCCUGCUGCCUGCCAGGGAGAUUCCGGUGGUCCUCUAAUGUGUCAGGUGGGUGAGGAUCGUUGGGAGGUGCGUGGCAUAGUAAGCUUUGGCCCCAUCGGCUGCACGGUGGAAAAUAAGCCCAGCGUCUUUACUCGGACUCUUGUUUACAUCCCCUGGAUUGAGGCUACUCGCAUCAGGGACUUCUUUUUCCACUGA